AUGGCUCAGAUGAGCACGCAAUUCAUUUUAUUCGGUGUGAAAAGCGAGGUUGAACCCGAAAAUCCUGCUAGCGAUCUGGGAGAGGCGCUGCUUAAGGUCUUUCGUGCUACUAAAAACCAGAGCGGCCAUCGCAGCUCUGCGUGGGGUCGCUCGAUAGAAGAACCGAAGAACAUUGUAUGGGUGAUUGACUGGACCGACGCCCGUUGCUCUAUCAAUCCAGAGCUUCUUAAGCCCUUCCUUGUCAACGAAGACAAACCUUUGACGGCUGUCUAUGCCACUCUGAGUCCGCCGAUCAGCAGCACCGACACGCUGACGAAGAACCCGGUGACGGAGCUAUUCUUCCUACCAUUUUCAACAGCAAUAUCUGAGUAUGAAUCUCGACACCUGCAUGCAGACCUGAUCAAACUGCGCUCGGUAAUGGUCACGCAGCUGCCACAAGCCGAGGGCCCCUGUUUCCUGGUCAAUGGGUCAACUGGCUAG